ACGGAUUAACAUCUAUCAAGAAAUGAAAUUAUAACGAAAGCCCAGUGCUAGCAUAGUUGCAAUGCUGAUUUUGAGAUGAUAAAAAUCAGGUUGAAGAACGUUAUUUCGCCAACUAUACAAUGUUACUUAGGGUCUGACGUUAGUUCUGUGUAAAGUAGGCUACAAAGCUAAUAUUGAUUCAACGUCUGUCAAGGAAAACAUUGUUACUUUGAGCAUUACAGAAAUCAAGAGGAAAGGUAGCAUAUUCAGUUUUUGUCUCCAAAGAGAAAGGCGAGAGAAAUAGAAAAUGAACAAGUGAGCAAGGUAGACGGAGAAGAUGAGGUGGAAGGAGAGAGAAAAGAGGUGGAAAGAGAGAGAAAAUGGCGACAGAAACGUGACAGAGACAGAAUACAAGGCCAAGGCGACCAGGGACAGGAGGAGGUGGGAGAAGACCACAGCGGUGAAGAUAUGGAGGGAGAGCAUCACCAAGAUGAGGAGGGAGAAAGCGAGAGACAAGAGAACGUGCAGGGCUCAGACAGUGAAAGGGAAAGCAGAGUGCCUGGGCCAUCGCCAAAGAUCUCCUGUCGAGCUGGUCCACAUGAUGAAAGAGAAGACGUUCAGAAGAAGACUUUUACAAAAUGGGUAAACUCACAGUUGGCUAAGACAGGAAAACCACCCGUGGAGGAUUUGUUCUCAGAUCUGUGCGAUGGAAGACGCUUGCUGGAGCUGCUGGAGGGGCUGGCAGGACGUGAGCUGGUGAGGUUGGAGAGGGGAUUCACACGCGUUCACUCGCUCAACAAUGUCAACCGUGCACUGCAGAUCUUGCAGAAGAACAAUGUUGAAUUGGUGAAUAUCGGAGCAGCAGACAUUGUUGAUGGGAAUCACAAACUGAUUCUCGGGCUCAUCUGGAGCAUCAUUCUUCACUGGCAGGUAAAGGAUGUGAUGAAGGAUGUGAUGGCAGGCCUACAGCAGACCAACAGUGAGAAGAUUCUGCUGAGUUGGGUUCGUCAGAACACGCGCCAGUAUCCUCAGGUCAAUGUGGUUAACUUCUCCAGUAGCUGGAAUGAUGGAUUGGCCUUCAAUGCCCUCAUCCACAGCCACAGACCUGAGCUUUUUGAUUGGAGCGCAGUAGAGAAGAAGACGUCUGUGAUCGACCGACUGGAACACGCCUUUAAUAAGGCAGAACAACACCUUGGGAUAGAGAGAUUGCUGGACCCUGAGGAUGUGGCGGUGCCUCACCCUGACAAAAAGAGUGUCAUCAUGUACGUGACAUCACUCUUCCAGGUUCUUCCCCAAAGCAUUUCCAUGGAAGCCAUCCAGGAGGUGGAGACGCUGCCACGGGCAACCGUAACCAGCGUUGCCCGGGUGACGACAGAGGAGCACUACCAGAUCCAGACCCAGCAGCGUUUUUCCCAGCAGUUCCUAAGUCCUGGCCAGGAGGAGCUACAGCGAGGCCUCAGUCCUUUGCCUCCAGGCUCCACCAGCCUGGAGAGCUACCAGGCUGCACUGGAGGAGGUCUUGACAUGGCUGCUGUCAGCUGAAGAUGGGCUCCAGGGCCAGCCUCCAAUCUCCAACAAUGUGGAAGAGGUGAAGGAGCAGUUCCACACACAUGAGGGGUACAUGAUGGAGCUGACCACCCACCAAGGCAGCGUGGGGCGGGUCCUCCGAGCUGGCGCUGCCCUGCUGGGGGAGGGGAACCUGAGUGAAGAGGAGGACUCGGAAGUCAGGGAGCAGAUGAACCUCCUGAACUCCCGGUGGGAGCACCUAAGAGUGGCUAGCAUGGAGAGACAGAGCAGACUCCACGAGGUCCUGAUGGACCUGCAGCACCAGCAGUUGCAGCAGCUCACAAACUGGUUGGAUGUAACGGAGGCACGGAUUAAGAGGAUGGGGGCCCAACCACUGGGUCCUGACCUAGAGGACGUCAAGCACCAAGUUGAAGAGCACAAGCUCCUCCAGGAGGACCUGGAGCUGGAGCAGGUGAGGGUGAACUCUCUCACCCACAUGGUGGUAGUGGUGGACGAGACCAGCGGAGACAGCGCCACUGCUGUUUUGGAGAGCAAACUUCAGGUGCUAGGUGACCGCUGGGCUGCCAUUUGUAGAUGGACAGAAGAACGCUGGAUUCUACUUCAGGAGAUUUUACUGAAAUGGCAGCACUUCACUAAUGAACAGUGUUUAUUUGACUCUUGGCUGACUCAGAAGGAGGAGCUGGUUCGUUCCAUCAAGACCUCCAACCUGAAGGACCAGCCAGAGAUGGUGGCCUGCCUCCGCCGUCUUACUACGGUGAAGGCAGACCUGGAGGUGAAGCGUCCCACCAUGGACAAGUUAUGCUCCAUGAGUCAGGACCUGCUGUCCAGCGUCAAGAACAAAGAGGUGGCCAGCAAACUGGAGGCUAGACUGGACAGCUUCGCCCAGCGCUGGGACCGACUGGUCCAGAGUCUGGAGAUGAGCAGCUCCCUGCUCUCAUCGGCUGUCAGCGUGGCCCAGCAGUCUGAGCUGACCCACUCUGUCACAGCGACCGUUACCAAGGUGACAACAAGGGAGAAGGUGUCAGCUGUGCGCCAGACCCGGGAGUCACCGCCACCACAGAAGAAGAGACAAGUUGUGGUGGAUUCUGAACUCAGAAAAAGGUUUGACGUGGACUUCACAGAGGUCCACAGCUACAUGACCCGGGGCGAGGCCAUCCUACAGAGCCCCGAGUUCUCUGUGUCACGCAAGGACGGCAGCAUUCAGGAGCUGCAUGACAAAGUCCAGGUGAUAGAACGAGAGCGGCCGGAGAAAUACCGAAAGCUCCAGGAAGCAACACGCACAGCGCAGACCCUGGUCGAGCAGGAAGGGAGUCGUGCUGAUGACAUUGCCCAGGCAGCGGAGCAGCUGAACCAGCGCUGGGUGGGAUUCUGUGCCCUGUUGGCAGACAGGCUGGCAUGGCUGGCUUACCAGACAAAGGUGCUGGUCUUCUACAGCUUAUAUGAGCAGUGUGAGCAGGCUGUGGACAGCAGUGAGAACUGGCUCAAGGUCCAGGCGCCUCCAUCAUCUGAACCAGAAACACUCAAAGUACAACUGGACCGAUGCCAGGAGGAAGUGGCUCGCCUGGCCUCCCUGCUGCCUCAGGUGGAUGUUUUGGAGAAGCAGCUGAAGGAGCUGAAGGAGGCAAAGGAAGGGGAAGAGGACCCUUCAGCCUUCCUGGAUGCCGACAUCAAUGCCCUCAAAGAGCACUACCAGAAGGUCCUGGAGGAUCUGAGGGCGAGAGAGAGACAGUUACAAAUGGUUUUGUCGAGCUUGCCCCCAGCUCGUUAUAAGGAAACGAUAUCGACACUGUUGGCAUGGUUACAACAGUGCGAGGCCAAGCUGGCCAUCCCAUCAACAGCUGUUACAGAGUAUCCUAUAAUGGAACAGAGACUAAAGGACAUUCAGGCCCUCCAGGUAGCUUUGGCUGAACACCAAGGGGAGGUGGAUUACCUGACCUCAGCUGUGGAGCAGGUCUUCCAGAAAGCUCCACCAGACAUCAGCCAGAAGUAUCGCAUAGAGAUGGAUGCUGUCAUGGCACGUUGGAGACGACUUGGCACCAUGCUGACAGACAACGCCCAAAGAAUCCAGGAGCUCAUGGCCAAACUGAUGCAGUUUGAGAAUGAUGUAAAGACUUUAAAAAAGUGGAUGGCAGAUGUGGAUGUGUUCCUGAACGAGGAAUGGCCAGCACUGGGAGACUCUGAAGCUCUGGAGAAACAGUUAGAGCAGUGCACGGCUCUGGUGAAUGACAUCCACACCAUCCAACCCAGCGUCAACGGCAUUAAUGAAGUGGGUCUGUACCUAAAGAAAGAGGCAGAGCCACCGUUUGCCAUCCACAUCCAGAAAGAACUGGACGAUCUCAACGGCCAGUGGGAGAACGUCUGCAAACAGGCCUAUGCUAAGAAGUCCGCUCUGAAAGGUGGCCUUGAUAAGACCAUGGCUCUAAGAAAGGAGAUGCAGGAGAUGCAGGAGUGGAUCAACCAGGCUGAGGAAGACUAUCUGGAGAGAGAUUUCACAUACAAGACACCCGAAGAGCUACGCAAGGCUGUGGAGGAGCUUAAGAGGGCCCAGGAAGAGGUCCACUCCAAGGAGCUAAAGGUCAAACUCCUGACUGACAGUGUCAACAGCUUCAUUGCCAAGGCCCCACCCACGGCCCAUGAUGCCUUGCGGUCAGAAUUGGAGGUGUUGACGGCCAACUACCAGCGCCUCUGUAGCCGUCUGGAUGGGAAAUGUAAGACUCUGGAGGAGGUUUGGGCAUGUUGGUGUGAGUUGCUCUCCUACCUGGAGCAGGAAAACGCCUUCCUGGACCAGCUGGAGCAGAAGCUGGAUGAGACGGAAAACCUCCAAGGAGGUGCGGAGGAGCUGCAGGAGGCGCUGGAUAGUCUAGAGGUUCUUUUGCUGCACCCAGAGGACAACAGAAACCAGAUUCGGGAGCUGGCCCAGACGCUGAUGGACGGAGGCGUUCUGGAUGAACUUAUACAGCAAAAACUGGACGCUUUCAACAUACGAUGGGAUGAGCUAAUGGCGAGGGCAGCGCUUAGGCAGAAGGAACUGGAGAAGAGUGUCAAGUGGGCCCAGGAGAAUGACAAGACGCUGAGAGAGAUCCAGGAUUCUCUGGCCAACACCGACCGCCACCUCACUGCGUACCUGGCUGACCUUAUAGACGCCCAGCAGAUACCACAGGAGGCUCAGAAAAUCCAGUCGGAGCUGAGUGGCCAUGAUGCGACCCUGGAGGACAUGAGGAAGAAGAACCAGGACAAAGAGACGUCCCAGAGGGUCAUGGGACAGAUAGACCUUACCCAGAAAAUGCUGACAGAUGUGUGGACAAAGUUCCGCCUCUUUCAGAAACCGGCAAACUUUGACAGUCGACUGGCUGAGUGUGAGCGCAUGCUGGCUGGGGUCAAAAGCCAGGUGGGGGUGCUGGACAUCCGCAGUGUGGAGCAGGACGUGGUACAGUCACAGCUGGAUCAGUGCAUGAAGUUAUACAAGGUGCUGAGUGAAGUGAAAGGGGAGGUGGAAACGGUGAUAAAAACAGGCAGACAGAUCGUCCAGAGGCAGCAGACAGAGCAGCCCAAAGAGCUGGACGACAGGGUGACCGCCCUCAAACUGCUCUACAACCAGCUGGGCUCACAGGUAACUGAGAGUAAACUGGAGCUGGAGAAAAGUCUGAAGUUGUCCAGGAAGCUGCGUAAGGAGCUGAACGGGCUGACUGAGUGGCUCGCCGCAACCGACGCUGAACUGACCAGGCGCUCUGCUGUGGACGGUAUGCCCAGUGACCUGGAGGCUGAGGUGGCAUGGGCACAGUCCAUCCAUGGGGAGACAGAGAGGCGUCAGCCACAGCUACAGGCCGUGGUGGACCUUGCAGAGGCCCUCAAAGCGGUGCUCCGGGGUCAUGGGGGCCUGGUGGACGACAAAGUCAGCCUGCUGCGCUGCAACUGGAUCGCGGUCACAUCAAGAGCAGAAGAAUGGCUCAACCUGCUGCUGGACUACCAACAACAGAUGCAGAAGUUGGAUGGAGAGAUAAAGGAAGUGAACGAAUGGAUCGACGGAGCAGAGAAAAAGAUGGACAGCCAGGGGCCCAACGACGCCGUGCUGAAGGUGUUGCGUGCAGAGCUGGAGCUGACGAGGGGUAAGAUGGAGGAGGUGAGAGCUCUGGCCCAGGAGCUCAUGUGCACCAGGGGGGAGAACUGCCAGGCCCAGGUGGGACCCAAAGUGGAGCAGCUCAACCAGAGAUUUGACACCAUCGCAGAACACAUCGCCUCCAGGCUGAACGCAGCGUCAGCCAAGGAGCUGGAGCAGUACCACAGUGAAGCACAGAUCUGGCUGGACCUCCUGGAGGAGGAAGUCAAACAGGGGGAAAACCUCAAGGAGGAGGACUUCCAGGAGGACAAGGACUGUGAGGAAAGUGCAGUGAAGGAGUUACUGUUGAAAGGCGAGAAUCUACAGAAGAGAGUCCCGGAUCAGGACAAGAGAGAGCAAAUCAGGCUGAAGCACAACCAGCUCAACAGCAAGUACAACACUGUCAAGGACCUGCGUGUACUAAGGAACAGGAAGGCGUUGGCCAUCGCUCCCCAGUGGUACCAGUACAGGAGGAAGUCACAUGACCUCCUAGCCUGGCUGGACGACAUCCAACGCAGCGUGGACCAACUCCCUGACCCCCCCGAAGGAGAGAGGGUCAAGGAAAUUGGCUCAGAGUUCGACAAGAAGAAGGAGGAGCUUAACGAGGUGCAGGGCUUAGCCAAUCAGCUCUCAGAAGCUGGAGCCGCCAAUCUAGUGGAGCCCCGCCAACUCCAGCUCAACACGCGCUGGGUUGAGGUGGAGGGCAAGUUCAUACCCUUCAAAAGACUAUGUGAGUACCUAACAGAGCUGCAGGCAUUGCUGCGUUCAGUGUCAGAAACGGACUUCAAGCUGAACUCUCCUGAAUACUGGCCUGCAGCUUAUUAUAACCUGCCUCAACAAGAGCAUUGCCUGAAGGAGGUGAAAGGGAGCAUCGACGAGUUGCAAUGCCCAGUGGCUGGAGCAGUGGCCCGCAGAGAGGAGAUGGUAUCUGGAGCUCGGCUUCUGGAGGGUCAGAAGAUCCAGGAGACCACCGCCCUCCUCAAUACUAACUGGGACAAACUGAAUAAGCUCUACCAGGACAGACUGAAGCGUUGGCAGGAUUGCAAUUCAAAGUGGCAGAAGUUUGUUUCGGAUCAGGAGGCGAUGGAGAAGUGGCUGACUGACGCUGAGAGCCAUUUGAGACUGGCUGAAAGUGAGCCAGCAGGACACAGACAGCACCUCAGGGACCUGACUGAGGCCGUACCUCUUCAGGAAGUGGUUUUGUGCAGAGUGAACUCUGUAGGAGAGGACAUCAGCCAGUUGAGCACACCAGACGAUGCAUUGCGGCUCCGAACACAGCUCAAAUUACUCAACACUCGCUGGGCUAACGUCUGCAAGCAGCUCAAUGAGCGCAAGAGGAGGUCUGCAGAGGCACGCACGGCGACUGCAGAGCUGCAGGAGAACAUGGGCUCCAUGCUGGGCUGGUUGGACAAAGCAGAGUGCAUCCUUGACAUCCCUUUGCAGCCUGCAGAGCCACAGCACAUCAGAGACACUCUGGGCAAAGUCCAGGCUCGUGUGGAGGAGCUUCCUGCCAAGAAGAUGGCGAUGGAGGACCUGAACUCUAGACACAAACAGAUAACACUUCCUGCUGACAGACAGAAAGACAUCAGGGUCAUCAACACUCGCUGGGCUCAGGUGUCCAAGGCUCUGCCUGAGCGUCAGCUGGAGAUUGAGGGUCUGCUGAGGGAGCUGGAGAAGUUACAGGGUCAGCUGGAUGUCCUCUCAGCCUGGGCAUCUAGCACCAGGGCCAAGCUAGAGCACAGCCCUGAGGAGCCGCCACCAAGGCUCAUUGAAGAAGUGCAAGUCAAGCAGCCAGAAGUGGAGUUGGUUUUGGAGCGAGCUGAUCAACUGUACAAGGACAGUCGUCCUAGCCAACCAGACAAGGUGAAGUAUGUCAAGCUAAGGGAAGACUGGACUGUGACCCUGGAGCUGGUGCGGCAGCAUAAGGAGAGGAUGGCUGCUCUGCUAGUAGCCAAAAAAGCCAAUGAAAGUUUGACAGGAAGUUCCCAGCCUGAAUCUGCGGCGCUGGCUCAGUUCAACAAGUCCUGGGCUGAGCUCACCGAUUGGCUGACCAUGCUGGAUAACAUGGUGCAGAACAAGCGUGUGGUAGUGGCUGACCUGGAUGACAUCAACGACAACAUCAGCAUUCUCAAGGUGUCUCUGCAGGAGCUGGACCAGCGUCGCCCACUCCUUGAGAGACAAGUCACAGCAGCCCAGAACCUGAAGAACAAAACCAGCAACCAGGAGACCCGUAAUGCUAUCACUGAACGCAUUGACAGGCUUCAGACUCACUGGGAUGACUCUCAGACCAAACUCUCUGAUAGGACAAAGCAGCUCCACAAUAUGCUGCAGGACUCUACUGAUUGGCUGGAUGCCAAGAAGAGAGUGGAUCACCUCAUCAAACGGGCCAGUGAGAGGUUGGAGUCCUGGCAGGAAAUCACAUACACGGUGGAAGCAUUGAAGAAACAAAACGCCGAACUGAAGCUCUUUGUGAAGGAGCUGGAGCAGUGGCAGGGUCAGGUAGAUGAAACCAAUGUACUGGCUGACAAACUCCUAACACUGUAUGCCAAUGACGACACACACAAGGUCACCCAGGUCAACGACAACAUGGUGGUGACCUGGACACACAUCAACAGGCGUGUUUCGGACAGAGAGGCAGCUCUGGAGGCAGCUCUGAAGCUAUUGCAGCAGUUCUACCUGGACCUGGAGAGGUUCCUCAACUGGCUGACGGAGGCUGAGACGACCUGCAACGUUUUAAUAGAUGCCACCAACAAGGAUAAAAUGCAGGAGCAGCCAGAGGCAGCCAGGAACCUGCUAGCACAGUGGAAGGACCUCCAGGCGGAGAUUGACAGCCACACAGAACUGUAUCACUCUCUAGAUGACAACGGGCAGAGAAUUGUGACCUCACUGGGGGACUCAGAGGACGGUUCCCUGCUCCAGAGACGCUUGGACAACAUGAGCCACCGCUGGAACGACUUGCGCAACAAGACCCUUAGCAUGAGGGCCCAUCUGGACUCAGAGAUGGCCUCGUGGAAGAGGCUCCAUAUGUCGCUGCAGGAACUGUUGAACUGGCUGAGACUCAAAAGUCAACAGCUCGAAAAGGAGCCGCCUGUAGGGGGAGACGUCCCAGCCGUGCAGACACAGCUGGACACACACCGAUGCUUCAGGAGGGACUUGAGAGCUAAAGAGCCAGUUGUGACAAAGGCUCUGGACGAUGUGGGAGUCUUUCUAUCUGUGCUGCCACGAGACACACCAUCACCUGAGCAGAGAGAUAUUAGCCCAGAGGAGCGUGCCCAGAACGUUGGGCGAGUCUUACGCAAAGAAGCAGAUGACGUGGUGACCAAUUGGGAUAGGCUCAAUGCUGACUCGGACGACUGGCAGCGGAGGUUGGAACUGGCUCAGGAUCGGCUUAUGGAGCUCCAGGAGGCGGAGGAGCUGCUGGACGGACAGCUGAGCCAGGCAGAGAUGGUAAAGGAGGCGUGGGAACCUGUUGGUGACCUGCUGAUCGACUCCCUGCCAGAGCAUAUCGACAGAGUCAAGGAGUUCCAGGAAGAGAUUGCUCCGAUUAAGGAUGACGUAAUACACAUGAACCAGUUGGCGUCCACUUUUGGUCCACCGGACAUCCAGUUGUCGCCUAACAACCUGGAACGCAUUGAAGAUCUCAACACGCGCUGGAGGCUGCUCCAGAUCUCCAUCAAUGAACAUCUAAAACAGCUGACAGACGCUCACAGGGACUUUGGCCUUCUGCAUGCAGGAUCUGUAGAGAGCCCCUUUGAGCAAGGCAUCUCCCCAAACAACGUGCCCUACUACAUAAAUGAGAAACAUGGACCUGACCAGAUGACCGACACCCUCCACCAAACCCAGACAACAUGCUGGGACCAUCCCAAGAUGGCCGAGCUCUACCAGUCUCUGGCCGACCUGAACAAUGUGCGAUUCUCGGCCUACCGAACAGCCAUGAAGCUCAGGCGCCUGCAGAAAGCUCUCUGCUUGGACCUGCUGAGCAUGCCAAUGGCGUGUGAGGUGUUUGAUCAACAUGGUCUGAAGCAGAACGAGCAGCUGCUGGACAUCUCCCAGCUGGUCACCUGUCUGACCAGCCUGUACCAGCAGCUGGAGCAGAGCCACUCUCACCUGGUCAAUGUCCCGCUGUGCGUGGACAUGUGCCUCAACUGGCUGCUCAAUGUCUAUGACACUGGUCGCACCGGAAAGAUCCGGACUCUGUCAUUUAAAACUGGAAUCAUCUCGCUCUGCAAGGCUCACCUGGAGGAUAAAUACAGAUUCUUGUUCAGACAGGUUGCCAGCGCAACAGGUUUCUGUGACCAGCGUCGCCUGGGCCUCCUCCUCCACGACUCCAUCCAGAUCCCCCGGCAGCUCGGCGAGGUUGCCUCUUUCGGGGGCUCUAACAUCGAGCCUUCCGUCCGCAGCUGCUUCCAGUUUGCCAACAACAAACCAGAACUGGAAGCCGCCAUGUUCCUGGACUGGAUGCGCCUGGAGCCUCAGUCCAUGGUGUGGUUACCCGUCCUGCACCGCGUGGCCGCCGCUGAGACUGCCAAGCACCAGGCCAAGUGUAACAUCUGCAAGGAGUGUCCUAUCAUAGGAUUCAGAUAUCGGAGUCUGAAACAUUUCAACUAUGACAUUUGCCAAAGCUGCUUCUUCUCCGGUCGCGUUGCCAAGGGACAUAAGAUGCAGUACCCCAUGGUCGAGUACUGCACUCCGACUACAUCAGGGGAAGAUGUCAGGGACUUUGCCAAGGUACUGAAGAACAAGUUCAGGACUAAGCGCUACUUUGCCAAACAUCCACGCAUGGGCUACCUGCCUGUCCAAACCAUCCUGGAGGGGGACAACCUGGAAACUCCUGUCACUCUGAUCAACUUCUGGCCCGUAGACCAUGCGCCUGGAUCGUCCCCUCAGCUCUCACAUGACGACACACACACUCGGAUCGAGCACUACGCCAACCGGUUAGCAGAAAUGGAGAAUCGUAAUGGCUCUUAUCUGAAUGACAGUAUCUCACCCAAUGAGAGCAUCGAUGACGAGCACAUGUUGAUCCAGCACUACUGCCAGUCUCUGAACCAAGGCUCUCCUCUCAGCCAACCCCGCAGCCCUGCCCAGAUCCUCAUCUCCAUGGAGACGGAGGAGAAGGGAGAGCUGGAGAGGGUCCUCAACGACCUGGAGCAGGAGAACAGGAAACUACAAUCCGAGUACGACCGUCUGAAGAAGGCCCACGACAGGAAGGGCCUGUCCCCGCUCCCAUCGCCCCCGGAGAUGCUCCCGGUGUCGCCACAGAGCGCACGCGAUGCAGAGCUCAUCGCCGAGGCCAAACUGCUGCGGCAGCAUAAAGGACGUCUGGAGGCCCGUAUGCAGAUACUGGAGGACCACAACAAACAGCUGGAGUCCCAACUGCACAGGUUGAGACAGCUGCUGGAGCAGACGGAUUCCAAGGUGAACGGCACAGCACUGUCCUCUCCCUCCACCUCCUCUCAGCGCUCUGACUCCUCCCUCCCUCUCCUCCGUGUGGCCGCCAGCCAGACUACUGAUACAAUGGGCGAUGACGAGCUGUCCAGCCCUUCCCUAGAUGCAUCUGGGCUGGAGGAAGUGAUGGAACAGCUCAAUAAUUCUUUUCCUCAUAGCCAGGGUCCCAGUAUUGGCAAUUUGUUCCACAUGGCUGAUGAUCUGGGCCGCGCCAUGGAGACACUAGUCAACGUGAUGACAGACGAGCAGAGCGCCGAACAGCACGAGGCCCUGCCCUUCUGAUCCAGCCCCCCCCCCCAACCUCCCUCUCCUCUUCCUCACUCCCUACCUAUCGCAUGCUUUUCUAGUCAAAACAACUGGAUUGGAAAUACAGUUUACAGAGAGAAUAUAUAACGUCUAUUUUUGUGAAGGAUUGUGGUUUCAGCAACGAUGCGUAAAAAAACAAAAGAAAAACAUACCUUGUAGAUUUCAGUAGUUUCUUAAAAUGUCCUGAAGUUGUUUUAUUAUUAACAGAGGCUGGUUUUUAAAAUUUUAUGCAAUUGUAUAAAACAAGAGUGUGGUGGGGGGAGGGCAAAGAGAGAUGAUAUACAAGUAAGUGUGUUAAGUGUGGUCUAAUAUUUGCCAUCUCUUUGUAACUGGGGAAAUAGCAGAAGCAUUUCAGACAUUUGUAUAAAUAUGAAUGAUUGUAAUCAUAAGGGUGCUUUCUAAGAGGAAAAUGUCUUUCUAUAACAGCGUACACUACUGUCAAGGUAAUGCAGGCAUCCUGGAUCUUUACAGUACGUUGUCUGUGAGACUGUGUGUGAGUUUGUGUAUGCGUGUUUGUGUGGUGGUGCCUAAUUUCCACAUUACAGCUUUUUUUGGCUUUGGCUGGCGAACCUCAUAUUUGAAUUAUUAAUUUAUCCACUCAUCCAUCCAUCAAUCUGUUCAUCAUCUCUAUGAUUAACAUCUCUAUAGCAAAAGUUUUUAUCCCUUUAUUUGUUUUCAACACAGUGUACUGUGUGCAUUAACAGAUGCUCUAAUAGGCUCGAUUCAGAACUGAGACAAGUCAACAAGGUCACUACAAACCUAAUGCACAUAUCGUAAUGGGAAAUAAUUAGACAUAAUUGGACAUCAUUUCAAUUCCAUUUUCAAAUCCUCAAACUACAUAUUUUGUGGUUGUUCCAUCUUGUGAAGGGCUCCUUGAAUGGAGUGAGACUAUGGUCUCAAAAAUAUAAAAUGCCUUCAAAAACAAUUCAAGGCCCACUGUAGCGUUUUGCAAUAUAAAAUGCCUUUAUCGAAAAGUGGCUAAUGGUAUGUUACUAGUAGUACAGCGUUGCUCACUUGAGCAGCAUAAGCCGAUACCCUGGCGGCUUAUGUCAGAGUGGUAUGCCCCUUGUGUUCCACUGGCAAAUACCAUUUCUUAACCACAGUUAAAACUGAUAGGCUACUGUCAGCAACAAACAGUAAAGAAAUUUAAUAUAUCCUUGCUGAAGUAACCAAAGUAAAUAUUAGAGCUACCCUUAGCUAACAUGGCUAUUGUUAGCCUAGCACGGCCGUGCUCUCUCUCGCUUGACCUAGACUCACAUCUACGGCUGGCAGUUUAGUGUGGGCGCUGAACAAAAUCAAGAUGUUCUGGAGAUGUUGAUAAGGCUACUUUUCCAAAUUGUUAAUGUAUUAAUCGUAUAUACAAUUGUUAUGAUUAAUCAUAAUAACAAACAAGUUAACUUUGUUGGGGAAACUAAAUCAGUUAACUGCAGCUUCACAAGGUAAUCAAAAUCUUUCUCAUAACACAGUACAAAAAAGGAACAAAAGAUAAAAUAGGCACAGAACCGGCUGAGUAACGCCUUUUGUUGGAUAAACUUCACUGCAACAGCUGCUGAAAAGACCCUGACAUCACGGUGCUCUGUACCCGGCUCACAGUCACCUUUUGUCUGCUAAACUCCACUGCAGCGGCCGCUGAAAGUGCUGGCUGGGUUCAAUUUGCUUAAGCCACUACUGAAGGUCUGCAGCAUGUGUGGACUCUGUGUUUUGUUUGUUGGCGUUUGCAAACUUAAUUUGUAAGCUAUCGUUAGCUAGUGUUGCACCUAUGCAUCCAAUAACAAGGAAGUGUCCAGGCAAUGAGUUCUAGCCAAUCACAGCACAGUAGAGUGGGACUAGGCAGUGGACUAGACAUGGUGACAACCCUGCUCAGCAUCACAGGUAAACUGACUCGUGACUGUGAUUGGCAAUCAACCUGCCUGACAUACUUUUUUACUGGUAUCAGGCCAUCGGACCAUUGCUUAUGCCGAAUCCUGCCCUCUGGUCUAGCAGUAUUAUCAGAAGUCAUACCAUAAGUAGAUUAAUUAUUACCUUUUUAGGAGAAAAGGGAGUUUCUUUUAUAUCCAAACUGGUCAUCAGUUUGUAUAAGUGGAUUCUCAAAGCUGCCAAUAACCAAUAUUGAGUAUUUUUGAGGUGCAGCCGUUUAUCUUCAGAAAGAACUUUUUUUUUUGAAAGAAAAACAUCCUGGUUAUUGCGCUGGUAGAUCUUAAGUAAGGAUUUUUAUUUCUCCAAAUGUAUCACUAAGAUGCUUUCUAAGUGUCUUUUUAGGGCCUGUUGAGUACAAACAGUACACUGUAUUGGUUUAUAAGUUGAAAGUUUCUUCCUGUCAGAUGUACUGUAAGAAGAAAUUAGAACUUAGAAGAAUGUAAUUUUAAUUGAAUCUGAGCACUACAUGUUAACAAGGCUGCUAGUUGAGAUUAUUGGAAUUCUUCUGUUUGAACAUUAAAUGUUUUAGGAAGUGUUAGGAAGCUCAGUAACGAAAGCUCUACCUCGUCUGAAUUGUCAAAGUCCAGUUCGGAGGCAAUUUCUCUACUGUACGCAACCCGACACUCCUUUCAGAUUGUUGAUUAUUAAUUGAAUAUUGCCGAAUAGAUGAUUUGUUCUACUGUACUGCACUGUAGGAGCCUCCAAUCUGAAUGUUCGGAUGCACUCACUGCAUUUCUCAUCUCUAUCAGAGAUUUAUGACUCAAGUAUAAAAACUUGCAUUUUACACAAAUCAAAUUAAUCUGUGUGCACUACUGUCAUACCUGGGACAUACUAGAUAUUUGUUUUGUGUUUUGCUUUUAUUCUAGCAGUCUGUUUGUCUUUGGUUAAAAAGCUAUUUUGUUUUGUGCUGUGAGGUGUUGAGCAUGUGUGACUUAAAUAAACUCCAACCUUAUUUAAUGUAUAUCCAAUCAGAGAAGUCUGUGGUGAACAUCGCAGCGGUAUACACUUGUUUUGAUCCAGACACUGAAUUUGAUUGCUUUCUUAGUUUUAAUGUUUCUGUUUCAUUCUCACAUCAUUUUUCAAAUAACCUGUCAAUACUUCACAACAUAUCAGAUUCCACCAAAUAUAUGCCUUACUACUGUAUUAUAAAAUGCUUUACUGUAUAUCAAUAAAGCACGCAGUUAUGUUGAUUUAGC